AUGAAGCUACUCAAUAGGUAUCUUAAUCAGUAAGAGUAAACAGAGAAUACCAAAAAGUCAAAGCUUGAUAAUCAUAAUCAGCAUCAUUCUAAUUAUAAACCAGGAAGUACUCCUUUUGAGGCAUAUUUAAGAGUUAGGCCUUUAUUCCUACCUGAGCAAAUGAGGAAUCCUUAAAAUUCUAUAGAAGUACUUGAUAGGGAAUCGGUUAUUUUUAGGCACGAGCAUUAGCAAGGAUUGAAAUCAUUAACAAAAGAUAAGCUUUAUAGAUGCUCUAAAACAGUUCCACCAGGUGGAAAAACAAACCAGUUACUUCAAUUAGGAAUACUAGACUUAGCACAUGAUGCAUUUAAAGGGUUAAAUUAAGCAAUUUUUGUGAUUGGAGGUAAAGACUCUGGAAAAACUCACACUUUCAUUGGGAAUGUUGGUGACCCUGGUUUAUGCUUUUUGAUACCAAAUACGAUUUUCCAGCUAAAAUAAAAACACUAUGCUAAUGCAAGAAUAUAUCUCAGUUGCUUUAGCUUUUAAAAUAAUUUCAAGGAUCUUCUUGCAUACACAGGGGAAAGUUUAGAGCAUAGGUCAACAUAUAAUGGGGCAUAUCUACCAGGAUUAUCGCUUAACGAGUGUCAGGAUAUGUAAACAUAUUUAACUUUCCUCAAAACAGCAUUGGUGGUUAAUGGUAAAAGGGAUAUAAAUAGAGAUUUUUCUCAAGCAUUCACACUAUUCAAUUGUCAACCAGAUAAAGAAAUAUUUAUAAUAAAAUUUACUAUUAUAAACACUGUUGAAGGAGGGAAGGAAUCAGAGUAAAAAUAAGCCACUGCUGAUUUGUAUAUAAUAGACACUGAAUCAUACGAAUCUUUAGACAAAAUAGAUAGCAAAGGCGUUAAUAAUGCAAUGCUUUCUUUUAACAAUUGCAUGAGAACAAUUUACGAAAUUAACAUGAAAAUGAGGGAAGAUAACUUUGUUCAUUACGAACAGUCUCCAUUUACUUCUUAUUUUAAGGAAUAUCUAGGAGGAAAAUCAAAAACAUUUAUUAUUGGAACAGUUUCACCUUAUUCUGGACAUUUAGAAUAUUCUAUGAGAACUGUGAGAGAGGUACAAUGGGCAUAUAAGAGUAAAUCAAAUGGAAUAAAACACCAAGAACCAACUAUAGGAAAAUAAGCUUUAGCACGUGAAGUUGGAUAUUUAAAAGUAAUGCAUAACCACUCUGUAUUAAUUGCUUAAGAAAUUACCAUGUAUCUUAAAAGAAAAAAUUUAGUUGAAGAGGAGGAAAAGCAAAAGUACAUUUAGUUCCUUGGUAGAAUAUUCAAGAAACUGUAUUAUGCCAAUAGAAUCUGCCAUGAAAAAAUAAUCAAAAUUUUAGAAUUAAGAGACUAAAUCACUGAAAUAUGCAAUCAAAUUAUAGAAUUAGAAAAAAGUGUAAUGAAGGAGCAGCUAAGAUCUCCUGAUAUAAAAGAGUUUUUCUUGGUUAAAAUAGUUCCUCUGAUGUAUAAUUUAGUAUAUUCUAAGAUAUAGAAAGCUUAACAUAGUUUGAUAAAGAAAAUCAAACUUUUAAAGAGCGAAAAUCUCACUUUAGUCAUGCUUAGAAAAGAUAUUAAAGAUUUCAAUGAGCAUUUUUUGAAGAAAAAUAAAUAAAUAAACUUGAAUCACUAAGAUGCUAUUUACUGUUUUGCUAGAACUUUUUUGGAGCAUAUAAAUUGGUCUCAAUAUAAUUUCUUUAAAUCUUUUAAUCAUCCUGAUAAAGAUAAACUUUUAGAAAAUAAAGUUAGGGUAGAGAAAACAAUUAUUUAGAACUUUUAAAGAAUAUUUACCUCUUUGAAUAUUACUGACUAAGAUAAAUUCGAAGACAAAGCAUUUUCUUACAUGGGAAUAAGGUUAAUAGACAUUUUAUAACAAGAAAAGCAAAAAGCUAAAAAUUCUAUUAUAGUCAACAGAGUACCAUCUUUAGUAAAUUUUGGUUAAAGAGCCUCUUUUUUUUCUCACAGUCUUCAUGGAACCCGUAACUAAAUUGAAGAAGACGCUCAUAUUUCUUAGACUUAGAAUAUACUUAAAAAACAACUUAGCUCUGUAUUCGAUCUUCCAUCCUCCACUAUAUUGAUAAAAAAAAAUAUUACAACAGAUUCUGUAAGAAAUAAAACUAAGCAAAACUCUAAAUCAUUCAAUAGCUUAGAAGAAAAAGGAUCGGAUGAUGAAGACUAUAGUGAUGAAGAAUAUGAGUUCUAAAUAAUAAAUUAGGGAACUCCAAUUUAUCAGAAAAGAAAAUAUAAAUAAAUGAGGAGGAUUUCAUAAAAAAAUUCUUAAUAAAAUAUAAAAAAUAAGAGAGAGCAGACUCAGGCAUACUUAUUAGGUAGUAGCUAAUUUGAAGAUGAUGAAUAAAAUGAUUUAAAUUAGAAAAGUAAGCACUUUGACAAUGAGCCUGUGCAUAUUCCAAGACUUUAAUUACCUACUAUUGAUAUCCAAGCAAGCAAAAACAGCAUUAAAAUAUAUAAAAAAAUUUAGUAAUCAAGCUCAAGAAAUCAUUCAGUAAAUAAUAGCUAUUAAUUGAAUAGUUCAUAGAUUGUCCCAAAUCAAAACAGCAUCAAUUUUUCUUAGCCAGCAAGUGAAGUAAAUUCAAACUCAUACAGACAUUUAAGUGUUGCUACUAAUAUUAUAGAAGUUAAAAAUUCAGACUCUGUAAAAAAGAGUAGCAGAUUAAAUAAGUCUUAUGAAGAGUCAGGAUAUCUUAUUAAAGAUUCAGACGAAACUUAAUCAGAAACUAUAACUUUCGGUGUACAAAAGAAAGAUAAAUUUGAAAAAGAUCAAAUUUAAGAAAAUUAAAAUGCUUAGGCUUUGCAUAGCUAAGAAAAAAAUUAAAAUAACUAAGAGGAUGAUUAGCACAACAAUUCUUUAUUAAAUGCUAUUUCUACAUAAAGAAAUUACAAUUUUUAAUUAGAUCAAUCAAGUGAGUUAAUUUACACAAACAGAUCUGAAAAACCUAUAAAUGAUAUAAACCAAAAAGAGAGAUAAAUUUCUAAUCUUUAAAUUGAAGAUCUGUACCAUAAUGAUAUUUAGUUGAAGAGUUAAUUUAACGAUAAAAUAGUUGUGAAUGUAAAUCUAUUCAAAAAUGAUCUAGAAAAUUAUAAGCUUCCCUUUUCUAUUAGGAGAAUUUUUAACAGCAACUCAGUAAGUAGAUCUUAGUAAAAUGAAUCACCAAUAAAAAAAGUAAGAUAAUAGUCUAUUUAGUCAAAUAUAAAUGAUUUCUUCAGUCCCUAACUACCUAAAAUUCCUCCUAAGAAUAGCUUUUUCAAUAGACAAUUAGAAAUAGCUAAUUAAAACAUGUAAACAUAAUCUUCUGUAGAUAUUAAAAACUAAGGAAAUCACAAUAAAUAGAAUGACAAGAUUUUUGCAAAUAAAUCCAUUUAUUAUGAAAGUCUUUAGGCUCUAAUAUAAAAUGCUACUUCGCCCUUUAAAAGGUAUUCAACUGUAGAAUCUGUAUUUACUAACAAGGAUAAUAUAAUAGAGGAUUAGCCUCUACUCUCAACAAAAUAAGUCAAUAUGAAAUAAAAAAUGCUUAUGAAAAAAUAGUAUUAUGCACUUAGAAGAAAAAAAGAACAACCUAUAUUUAAACCUAACAACAUCUAAAAAAUAGUUAAUCCUACUGAAACAGACUUAGAUUAAGCUUCUGAGUAAACAGCUUCAUGA